GUUAAAAAAUUCCAUACUUGUGGUAUAAAAGGACCGUGUGGUCAGUUAGUUAAUUCAGUAACAGACCAGCCACACUUGCAAGAUGAUGAAAUUGUUGGUGCUCAUUUUUGCUGUCCAGCUGGUGGUUUCUGCACCUGUAACUAAGCCAACCCCCUUAGAUUCUGAGUUAAAUCAUACCGAGAACCAUACUGAAAACCAUACCGAGAACCAUACUGAAAACCAUACCGAGAAUCAUUCCGAAAAUCAUUCUACUGCCACUGCCGGCUCCACUACUGUGAGUGUGUCCACAUUGAAGGCCGGUACGAAGGCCUCCAAAACAACUGUAGCAAAGGUCGCGACGACCAAAGCCCCAAAAGCAACCAGCCCACCGAAGACAACCAAAGCCGCAAAGACAACCAAAGGUAAAAGUGGAUAGAUGAGUGGAGGAAUCCCAAUAUGUGAAUUCUACGUUUUUGAUUGUUUGUCGUCCACAAAUGUUUGAAUAAAAAAAAAUAAUAAUUGG